CUUGUUAUCCAUUUUCUGUCUCGCUUUCAGUACCAUAUUGCACCAUUGCGAGAAAAGCCACUUGGCUGUUCUCGUCAUCAGUGCUUAAAUUUAUUUGUCAACGAAUUAUCGCAUCAUGCUAAUGAGCUAUAAUCCAAUUAAAAUUAUUGUUAAUAAUAAAACGUGUAGUGGUUAUAAUAUACGAAAGUGCAUAACAAUUAGAACAAGACACUUACCAUCUUGAUUAUAUAUUUAAAAAUAAAAAUAAUCAUUGUUUUUACAUAAUAUUUGAAGGUUAAUUAUUAGCACAAGUUAAAUUAUCAUCACAUAUUGUGUGUGUGUGCAAUAAGCUGGGAUAUUUUUGCUUAUUUUUACAAAUUAAAUUAAAAAUGCCAGCUAAAGGAGAUAAAAAAAAAGGCCGUAUACGUGGUAAACGUGCUGAAGGAUCAGAUGAUGAAUACAACAGUAAUGAUGCUGCAAGUUGUAGUUCUGAAAAUAAAAGUGUUGAUAUUGAUAUUGAUACUAAUGACAAUGAUGAUAAUAAUAAUAAUCAACAAAUGUUAUUUGAAGAUAAGUUGAAACAAAAAAUUGAUGAUAUGACUGAUAAAAGUUUAAAAACAAGAAUUGAUUCAUUUAUUGCUAUUGAAAAAAUAUUUGCAACAAAAGUAUUAUCUGAAUUUGUUGAUGAACGUAAAGCAACAUUAUCUGAUGCUAUUGAAAGAGCAUUAAAAAAAGGUGAUAGUCAAGAAAUUAUUAUUGCUGCUAAAUUAACAACAUCAUUGUGUAUACAACUUGGAGCUUAUGAUACAACUGAAGUUAUAUGGGAAAAUUUUAAACCAAUUCUUAUGACAAUUGCUAAUGAUCAUACUGCUUCACCAAAUGCCAGAGCUGAGUGUUGCUGGGCUUUGGGUAUAAAUCAAUUUUUAGCAUGUGAUGAUGAUCUGGAUUCACUACAACUUUUAACAUUAUUUUAUAAUAUUUUUUGUGGAUCAUUUUUAAAAGGUAAUGGUAGUGUUAAAAUAUUAUCAAAUGAUGUACAUUCAUUACAUUCAUCAGCACUUGGUGCAUGGACAUUGUUGUUGAUUGAGUUAUCACCAUCAAAUUUAAUUAAAUAUUUAACAACAAUUAAAACACCAAAUUCAAUAACACCACUUGAAGGUUUAUGUGAAUUAUUAAAUUCAACAUAUCUUGAAACACGUGUAACAGCUGGUGAGGCAUUAGCAGCAAUUAUUGAAAUAACACGUGAUUAUACAGAUGAUUUUGAGGAUGAAUUACCAUAUGAUAUUGCUGAUACACUUGAAAACUUAUCAAAAGAUGGAACAAAAUAUCGUAAUAAAAAAGAUCGUAAAGAACAAAGAGCUGAAUUUCGUGAAAUACAUAAAUAUUUUACUGAUGAUAUUGUACCAAGUGUACAUGUUAAAUUUAAUACAAGAGAAAAAUUAUAUUUUGAUACAUGGACAUCUAGAAUACAAUAUAAUGCAUUAUGUCGUCCACUUGGUCCUGGUAUUAAUACACAUCUUGCUGAUAAUAUGAUGUUACGUGAUAUGUUUCAACUUGGUAAUCGUGUAUCAUCACCACUACCUAAAACACAGAAAUCAACUAAACUUGAAAGAACAUUGCAAAAUGCUGCUGCUUUUAAAGCUCGUACUAUUCAACGUAGUCGUAAUCGUGAUAAAAGAUCAGCUGCAAUUGCUCAAUGACUUUUAUAAUUAUUGACUUGUAAUUCUUUUUUUUUGUUUAAAUUGAUAUUUAUAAAAUUAAUCGUGUUUUAUUUUUUUCAUAUUAUGUGUCAUGUACAACCAGUU